UGCACCGUGUCAUGGAGGCUCAGUGUGCGAGCGGCCAUUGAAGGGAAGGGAGCUGCGUGUUUCGCAACCGGAGGAGGGAAUCGGGGGGUGGCCGAGCAGCCCGGAGUUCCCAACUCCGCUUCUUGCACCGCCUUCGGAGGGCCCUUUGUGGAGCAGCCGAGAGGGGUGGGGGGAGACCCUCUCCUUUAAUUUGGCUCUCCUUCUCCGCCUCCUGGCCACGCAUCCCCUCGCCUGCCUGCCUGCCGGGUGAUCUCCUUAGGUAGUUGUGCGCCCCUCCCUCGCUCUCCACUUUGGAGCGGCUUUAUCCCAGAUGGAGAUGAAAAAGCUGGACAUGAAGAAGCGCUUUAACCUGGAGUUGAGGAACCGCGCGCCCGAGAAGGUGGCGGAGCUGGUGCUUGACAACUGCCGUUCUGGCAAUGGUGAAAUUGAAGGCCUGAAUGACUCAUUCAAAGAGCUGGAAUUUCUCAGCAUGGCCAACACAGAGUUGACCUCUUUGGCCAAACUCCCUACUCUGACGAAGCUCCGAAGGCUGGAAUUGAGUGACAAUCUAAUUUCCGGCGGUCUAGAAGUCCUGGCAGAGAGAUGUCCAAAUCUUACAGACCUAAAUUUGAGCGGCAACAAAAUCAAGGAUCUCAGCGCUGUUGAAACUCUUCAAAAUCUGAAGAACCUGAAAAGCCUCGAUCUGUUUAACUGCGAGAUCACAAAUCUGGAAGAUUACAGAGAAAGUGUGUUUGAACUGCUCCACCAAAUCACGUAUCUAGAUGGGUUUGAUCAGGAUGAUAACGAGGGCCUGGAUUCAGAAGAGGAAGACGAGGAUGAUGGGGAUGAAGAUGAGGAUGAAGAUGAGGACAAAGCUGGUCCCCCAGGCGAAUAUGAGGAAAAUGAAGAUGACGAUGCUUCAGACUUGUGGGAGGGGGAAGAGGAAGAGGAAGAGGAAGUGGGUCUUUCAUAUUUGAUGAAAGAAGAGAUUCAGGAUGAAGAGGAUGAUGAUGAUUACGUAGAGGAGCGAGAGAAUGAGGAAGAAGACGCCGCUGUCAGGGGGGAGAAGAGAAAACGUGCAGCUGAAGACGAAGGAGAUGACGACGACGAUUAAGUCAUAGAAAAUACAAAUAGGACCCGAUUCAUUUUUGUUGGAAUUAUGCAAUAGUGAUAUGCAGAUUUGUAAGGCUCCAUGUAUGAUAGGUCUCUACAAAAGAUAUUAAUGUGUUUAACUUUUUAUAGGAAGUGUUUUACUGUUGCCCUUUUUAUCAUUCCAACUAAGACAUAAUAAUCCAUCCGUUUUACUCACUGAAGCAGUUGUCCCUAUUUCCUGCCUAGAAAUUUUAUUCCUCCCAUUUUUUUCUUGUUUCUUCAUUAUGAGCAUGCUGUUAACCCUAGUCAGUUACUUCAGAUGGAUUGAACAGAUUUAAUAUAAACUUUUAAGAGAGCAUGCUCAUGUCAAAUAUACAGGAGUAAGAUAACCAACUCUUCACUGGAAAGGACUAUGUUGCAACUGAAAUGGGAAUUAGGUGAUCUGGAACUCGCAUUUUACCUAUCAUUUCAUUUUAAAAGGAUAUCUGAAUAAUGCACUGAAUUCCUAGU